AUGUUGCUCUCUUCAGGGACGGCGGGCGAGGCGCCCGCCACAAGUCCCGGGAACGGGCCGGGCGAGACGCCGGCCACGGGUCCCGGGAACGGGCGCGAGGCGCCGGCCACGGGUCCCGGGAACGGGCGAGGCGCCGGCCACGGGUCCCGGGACGGCGUGCGGGCGAGGCUCCCGGCCACGGGGUCCCCGGGAACGGGCGGGCGAUCGGCGCGGCCACGGGUCUCGGAACGGGAGGGCGAGGCGCCGGCCCACGUCCCGGGAACGGCAGGGGCGAGGCGCCGGCCACGGGUCCCGGGAACGGGCAGGCGAGCGCCGGCCACGGGUCCCGGGAACGGGCUGGUGAGGCGUCGGGCCACGGGUCCCGGGAACGGGCGGGCGAGGCGCCGGGCCUCGGGUCCCGGGGAACGGGCGGGUGAGGCGCCAGGGUGUGGGUCCGGGACCGGGCGGGCGAGGCCCGCCAGGUGUCCCGGGACGGGCAGGCGAGGCCCGCCAGGUGUCCCGGGACGGGCGGGCGAGGCCCGCCAGGUGUCCCGGGACGGAGGGCGAGGCCCGCCAGGUGACCCGGGACGGCAGGCGAGGCCCGCCAGGUGUCACGGAACGGGCGGCGAGGCCCGCCAGGUGUCCCGGGAGGGCGGGCGAGGGCCCGCCAGGUGUCCCGGGACGGGCGGGCUAGGCCCGCCAGGUGAUCCGGGACGGUGGGGCGAUGCCCGCCAGGUGUCCCGGGACGGGCGGGCGAGGCCCGCCGGGUCCGACGGUUUGGGCGGGCUAGGCCCGCCAGGUGACGGGACGGGCGGGCGAGGCAGCCAGGUGUCCCGGGACGGGCGGGGCGUGGCCCGCCAGGUGUGCCGGGACGGGCGGGUGGCCCGCCAGGUUGUGCGGGACGGGCGGGCGAAGCCCGCCAGGUGUGCCGGGACGGGCGGGCGAGGCCGCCAGGUCCCGGGACGGGCGGGCGUGGCCCGCCAGGUGUCCCGGGACGGGCGGGCGUGGCCCGCCAGGUGUCCCGGGACGGCGGCGAGGCCGCCAGGUGUACCCGGGACUGGCGGGCGAGGCCUGCCAGGUGUCCCGGACGGGACGGGCGAGGCCCGCCAGGCGAGGCCCGCCAGGUGUCCCGGGACGGUCGGGCGAGGCCCGCGGUGUCCCGGGACGGGCAGGCGAGCCCGCCAGGUGUCCCGGCGGACGGGCGGGCGAGGACCCGCCAGGUCUCCGGGACGGGAUGGGCGAGGCCCGCCAGGUGUCCCGGGACGGGCAGGCGAGGCCCGCCAGGUGUCCCGGAACGGGCGGGCGCAGGCCCGCCAGGUGUCCCGGAACGGGCGGGGCGAGGCCCAGCCAGGUGUCCCGGGACGGGCGGGCGAGGCCCGCCAGGUUGGUCCGGGAGGGCGGGCGGGCGUGGCCCGCCAGGUGUCCGGGACGGGCGGGCGAGGCCCGCCAGUGUUCCGGGACGGGCGGGGCGUGGCCCGCCAGGUGUCCCGGGACGGGCGCGAGGCCCGCAGGUGUCCCACGAACGGGCGGGGGCGCCUGGCACGCCAGUGUCCCGGACGGGCGGGCUAG